AUGCUCUGCCAGAUCCUGAACCAGGCCAGGAAGCAUCCGAGUUUGAUUCCCCUGUUUAUAUUUAUUGCAGGUGGCAGUACUGGAGUAGCACUGUAUCUCAUGCGUUUGGUAGUGUUCAAUGUUCAAUCUUUUUUUUUUUUUUUGGAGAGAAAAAAUAGCCCUGAACCCUGGAACAAACAGGGUCCCAGUGAUCAGUACAAGUUUUACUCAUUGAAUGUGGAUUACAACAAACUGAAGAAAGAAGGUCCAGACUUCUAAAUGAAAUGUUUCACUUAUAAAGCUGCUCAUAAUGAAGGUCUUCCAGAGGCCAUCCACACAAUUUUCCACUUAAC